AUGUCAUCAUCAGUAUGGUUGUGCUUCACUAUCACAGGUCUUGCUGUCCUUGCAAAAGUACUAGGAAGAAUAUGGCGGCGAGAUCCGAUUCCACUUGGUUCUGAUGAGGUCGUGAUGUCCAUUGCACUUAUUGCGGCUUUUGCACAGUCGCUAGUUGUGUCGAGGCAGGUUGCAGCCGGCUUGGGAACCAACCCUAGGCAGAUACCAGCGUCGCAGCAAGGAUCGUAUGAGAAGUUGGGGUACACGUCGCAGUUCCUAUACGUGGUUACGAUAGGGUCAGCGAAAGUCGCUACGUUCCUUUUCGCUGUGAAGCUCGGUGCAUUGCGCCAUCUACCAAAAAUUACCUACGCUGGAAUUUUCAUCACUUCCGUGUGGUUCAUAACAUCUGGGCUACUUGUUGCCUUCCAGUGCCAGGGCCCCUAUUACUGGAAGAUCUACUCUGGACGAUGCAUCAGUCAAUCCAGAUUCUGGUCCUAUGUUGAGGUUUUCAAUACCAGUAUUGACAUCAGCUUUGUCAUUGUCCUGAAUUUUCUUACUGCAAGCCACGAAGAAGCUCGUAUUGCUAUUGCUACAGCCUUAGCGAUGGAUGUGAGUGUUUUAGUCACAUGUAUACCCUUCUUGAAACCGUUUAUGGAACAACUACAACCGGGUUGGUCAACAAGCGAUAUUCGUCGCGGGGUCGGAUAUGGAGCUUCUCAGGGGAAGCAAAGCAGAAGCAUUGUGGUAUCAUUUUCUGACCGCUUUCCUAUGGGCUCAGUAGUGGCAUCUAGUGCCAACUGA